UAUAGACUCACGCAGUGUAUAUCUUCCGUUUCAAACGGGUUAUCCGUCACUUCUACAUGAAAAUCCGAUAAAACGAAGAACAUUUGUGCAAAGGGAAUCUGUAUUAGAUUGAGUUUCUAGAUCAUUUCUGAGGAGAGAACUUAACGCCUCGUUCCACAAUUCAUUUCGCAUUGAGCAGUAUCUAGGCAAACGCGUCUGAUGGUUCGUCAUAAACAUGGCACGUGUUUGCAGUUCCAACGUUGUGAGGAUAUUGACUGACCCUUCAGAUUUAAUUCCCGCUGACUCUGCAGCAGCUAAAACAAAACGGAUCGUAGAAUUCAGUGACGAGGUCAAAAAAUGUCUUACCCUUCUCAAAGCCGGUAUCAAGCACAUUCAGGGUUGUGAAGGUUUCCCAUGUACCUCGUGUCUUAAAAGUAUAAACGAUAUCGUCACAGUUUCUCGUAACAGUAAAAUUGAUCGGAACGCUGUAGGGGAUGGCUUGGGCAUUGACACAGACUACUGCAAAAUGUUUACGUAUACGUGGAAAAAAAGAGAUAUGUUACAGAAGAUUGAGGACGCUGAUCCACAAAAAGACCUAUCACAUGAGACCACACGAAUGUUUACAUUUUAUAUCGAACUGCUUGGUUCCGCCAUGAACUUUACGGACCAGUCUGAUUACUUCCGUUUACAAAUGGAAGAAGAUGGGUGCCUGUCUUUGAUUGUGGAUUGGUUUUUACACCUCGUGAGGGAUGAUAAGGCAAUGAACAAAUGGGUAGAUGACAUGAUGUUUGAUGCAAUGAACAUGUUUGACAAUGUCUGCAGAAAAGUGCCGUCUCUGGCUCCUAAGCACCACCGGGCCGUGCCUGCCUUCCAGAAGUUUAGCGAGUCAAAAGAUAGCAUGACUCAGACAAAAGCAGUCAUGAUAUUGGCAAAGCUGGUGAAGAAAGAAGAGGCAGACAAGCUUUCCACCGACUACAUCUGUAUCCUAACACUACUUUCGGAUUUGAAGGGAUGUCUCGAAAAUCCUGAACAUGAGAAAAAGACAGAUCGAAAAACAUCCAUCGAGAAGAUUGUGACCACGAUUACUUCUAGUGCAGGCGAGUUAGCUCAAGCUAUAGAUGACCUAACAAUCAAUGACAACAACAAACAGCUCGUAGUAGAACACGGAGUCAUUCCUAUCCUCGCUAAACUGCUCCAACGAGAUUGUUCCGUGGAGGAGAAGACUUCUGCCGCCAACGUGGUCUGGAGACUAGCCUUUCUCAAGGAAAAUAAAGAAAAACUGCGGAAAGAACGUGAUAUUAUCUACAAUCUGAGCGAGGGUUCCCGUCAUAUAAACGAAAAACUCCGCGAUGCCUGUGAGGGCGCCCUUUUCGAGAUCAACAAAACAACAGAUGUCGAGUCACCGCCGGGGGCGCCGCACAGUGGGCCAGGGAGGAACCAAAGGAAAGUGAGCGACGAAAUGCUAAAUGACGUGGCAAAGGAAGUUCCAUCCUACGCCUACGACCAGUUUAGCGAAAAGCUUGUAGUCAAGCACAACCAGGCCAGAAAUAUCUUGACAAAGUACCAAAGCAACUAUGAGGAGGCAACGAGGGAAUGCCUUGCGAAAUGGACGGAUAGAUCAACCCGUAGUGUGGCUGAUUUACAUGACGUUCUGAGAGCAGCUGAAUUGGGAGGUUUAAUCGGUAACUGUAAUUAA